GGGGGAGAGGAGGCCCCGGCCUCGCCGGGGAUGGAAGGGAUGGAGGUGGCGGCCCGACCUGCCGGCGGCAGCCUUCACGUCUCCGGCUUAGAGAAGUACAGCACUUGGGCCGUAGACUUCGGCGGUGCCGAGCCGCACAAGCCGAUAUCCACUGUUCCCCAGGGGAAGGUCGCAUCCUUCCAGGUCUCCGGAGAUGGAUGAUCUCUGGAAUGCUGUUCGAAUUUACCCGAAAGAAAGUUAUUGUAAUGUGACUGAAAUUGCUCCCAUUACCUUCACGUCCCCUGCUUUCUGGAUUGAACCUUAGAAGAGAGGAACGGGUGGCCGGGCUGCCAAGACAAAGCUGGUAACUUCUAGAUUAACUGGUGUAGUAAAUGAUCUCUUCCUCCCAAAGAUAGGCCUUAAACUUCACAGGCUUAAAACUGAGGUAACAUACACACUGUGUGUGUAUUUUGCUUGGUGAAAUAUGUAUAUUCCUGAAAUGUAAAAAUUGAAUGGUAGUAAGUGACUAUAGAGGGACUUGCAUUUAAGAGAAUUCUGUGGUGAAUCGUUGGUCAAUAUAUGAGGUGAAUAACUUCUUGUUUGUAAUUUGUGUCAAUAUGGAUGCAUGUAUUUAUGUAAAUACAUGCAGUUUACUUCAAGUGGGACAUAUCUAGAUGUAUGAUGGAGACGGAGCAUGUUCUCAGAGAGCAGGAUAAAUAUUAAGACGUUGUGGCAUGUAUGUGUGCACAGAACAACUUGGUGAGUAAAAUCUCGUGCUCACUUUUGUUCCCUCUGAAGACAUUGACAUCAACCGUGCCACCAAGGAGCUGUGUAAUUUGGGCAAGUCACUUAACCUGUCUAGACCAAUAUCCUCAUAGGAGUAGGGGAAUGGGGGUACACGGCCACUGAGUGCUUUGGAAGAGCCCUGGCCUUGGGAGGAGAAGCUUUGCGUUCCCAACUGGGCCUCCCUUAGCUCCCGUGUCACCUAAUCUCUCUGUGCCUCAGUUUCUCUGUCUGUAAGAAUGAGGAUAAUAAUCCUGUUCUGGCAGAACUGCGUGAGGAUUAUUUGCGAGAGCAUGUCUGAAAGUGCUUGCAGGCCUGCCUGACACAGAGCAGAUGCUGAUAGGCAUUGCUACCUGAUCCUGGCUGCCCUGUGGGCACAGCCCCAUGCUGCGCUCCUGUGGUUUGAGCACAGGGGGCCCCUUCUGCCAGAGGGUCAGAUCCUGGGUGGUAUCUUCCUGAAGUCCAUCCUCUGCAUUGGCUCCCCUUGGAAAGGGAAGAGCUUGUUGGCCCUUAGCAGGUGUUGCCAUCCUCCUCUGAGGCCUGACACCUAUCAGGAAAGCAAGAGGCCAGGGACUGGGAAAUCUGGCCCCCAUUUUCACUCUGGUCCACAUUGGGCAGAAGAUUGGUUGUUGUUUGACUCUCCACUGUGCCCCACAUGUAAAAUGGGGGUAGAAAAAUGAGAACACUACUUAGACUUGGAAGAAAAAACUCAGUAAUAACUUAUGUGUACCGUCCAAUGAUUUGUACUCUUCGAGGUGCUUUCACAUUGUCUAGGGGGCAUCCCCUGCUCUGACCCCAAGUUAUUUUUCUCUGGACAGGGCUCUAUCCCAAGGCACUUUGGGGACCCAGGAGGUUGUUGGAGCUAGCCAGGUGCUGGGUCUAAGGAACUCUGUCUAUUUUCUCCUCCAGAGGACCCAAAAUAGGGAGCGGAACAGCCAGCUCCAUGGAGGUGACCUCAGCUGUGGAGAGAAGUGGCCCUGAGCCACAGCCGGAGAAUGGACACUUCCCAAGACACUGGCCCUGUCCUCGAGAAGACAGAACACCCAGCCUGAUGGCCCCCCAGCCUCCUGGGGCACAGGGGAUACAGGUCCAAGGCCCCUCUGUGCUGGAGUCCAAGGUGAGGGCCUUGAAGGAGAAGAUGACAGCAGGCAAACAGGGGGCAAGCCCUUGCCUCACUUCUCACGAGCGGCCAUCCCUCAAGAAACCCAAAUGCAGACGAGUCAAGGUGGGUGGAACCAGGACUCCAUCAGAGGGGUCUUCCCUACCUGAUGCUGUGGUGGUCCAUCAUGCUCAGAACCCAAACGAUGGGCUGCUGGACAGCAGCGUCACUGAGGAGGAGUCUGCCAGGAACGGGGCCCCCGGGCCUCCCAGGUCGCCUGCCUCUGGGCUCCAGAGCUGGAACAGGAGGAGCCCGUGGCCUCCAGAAGCAGUACGGACACUGCCUGACCACGACAGGGCUGUGCCGCCAGGGCCCAGCUCUUUGCAAGAGAGCUCCAUGCACAGAGUCACUCCAAGCCAGCCUGAGGGCUCUGGUCCUUGUAACAAAACCACCCACAGGCCCAGCCUGAGGAAAGGAAGGUCAUACCCCCUGCAGGAUGGUCUCAUCACACAGGAAGACCUGGACAGCUUGUCUCUGACGUCCGAGGAGGACUUCGUCCCCAGGCCAGCCCUGCUGGGGGAGCUCUGGAGAGCUGGAGACCUGGGGACCCUGGGCACCGGGGGCAGCACCUUGUCCCUGUCUGACCGCGUGGAGAGGAACCGCCUUCUGCUGCAGGAGAUGCUAAGUGUUGGGGGGCAGGGCCCCUCCAAGGUGGGAAGCCCAGCCUGGACUUCAUCCCGGGACAGAGCUGUGCCAGAGCGACUAGCAGGGGACGUGGACUGGGACUCCGGCAUCUCCCUGCAGGACGCUGACCAGAGCAGGUCCUUUAGUCCCAAGCCGGAGCCCGUGCUGAGCCCCAGGCAUGAGGAAGCCAAGCAUCUGCUUCAGCGAGCCCGCAUGAAGGCCAGGACCCGGCCCGUCCGUGCCAGCCACGAUAUUGUGCCCACCCUUGCCCAGGGCAGCCGAGAUGGGUGGAAAAGCCCAGCCUUGGACCCGAGGAUGACCCUUGCCUGCAGAGACAACCUCCAGAACGGGAACACGAGUGACUCCUCCAGCGGGGAGUCCAGCAGCGGGCAGUGGCCGAAGCGGGCCGCCUCGCCGUCCCACGUCCGCUUUGAGGAUGAAUCAGCCCGCGACGCCGAGUCCCGCUACCUCGAGCGGCUGCAGCAGCGUCAGCGCCAGGUGCUGAGCACCACGCUGCAGCCGGCGGACCAGGGCCCCCUGCGCUCCAAGCCCGACCUCGCCGACUACGUCCACGGGGGCUGCCGGCGCCAGGACGCGGGCGCAGGGUCUCUCCACCCGCUGCUGGGCGGGCUGGAGCCCCGGGGCCUUCCCGCGCCGCCGCCCGCUCAGGGCAGCGAAAGGAGGUGCCGAGCCUGCGGCCACAGCAUCGCCCCCGACCCGAGGGUCCUCCGGGAGCGCGAAGCCGCCUGCGGGGUGGAGGGAGCGUUGGUGCAGCCCCGCAGCCCUCGGGGCCUGGGCGGCCCCCUCCGGCUCUUCCCUGCCGAGCCCAGACUCCACACCGAGUGGAUCCGGGAGACGCACAUCGGGGGCCAGGCGCGCCCCGAGGAGGUAGACUCGGCCCUGGACAGCACGGACACCUCCGACAGCUGCAGGACCGACAGUGAGGAGGCCGGGACCUCCCAGCCCAGUAGGGUCCGCGGCAGCAGCCCCCGUCUGCGGGCCUCCAGGCCUCGGGGAGGCCACAGGUGGUUCCAAAAGGCUGAAACGGGGCCGCUCCGGAGCCCCCAGGCCCCACACUACCUGCCUGGGCUGGAGCUAGUGGAGGUGUUGGAUGAGGUGACAGAAGGCAUGGGACAGACGCCUGAGGGGACUUUGCUCCCCAGAGAAGAUGCUUUCUCUAAGCCUCUUGUCCAGGACUCUAAGAGGGUUUCCCUGGGGUCCCAGCCUGGACCAGGGCUGGAAAAUCACUGGGCUCAGCCCGUGGAUUCCCGGACAGCCUAUGCCAUCGCCUCUUCCAUGAAGGUGGGCUCCUCGGGGCCAGGCAGACAAGCCCAGGUUGUGGACAGCCAAGAGUCUCUGGGAACUGACUCCCCGAAUCAGAGCCACACAGAGCCCUCUGCCCCCCACCAGGCCCAGCAGCCAACUGCUUCCCUCUCCCCCGAAGGCUGGGUGCCGACCCCUCCCUCUUCAAAGAAAACCACCUCCCCUGUGUCUCACAGGAAGGCAGCCCUGGCUGGACUUCGCAGGCCGGGUGACCAGGGAGAGCCUAUGGACACCUCCGUGCCUUCUUCCAGAAGCGUAGUUCCCAGGGCCUGUGAGCUCACCCGGCCGCAGCCCCAGCCCCGCAGCCCCUGUGUCACGCACCCCCUGCGGGCCCCGUCCACCGGUCACUGCAACAACAGCACGCCCCAGGGGCUGCAGGAGCCCUGGGGAGGAGCCAUCCUCGCGGGCAGUGGGGAGAAGGGCACCUACAGCCAGAAGCCUGCAGUACCGCCGGAGGACCACGGAGAUGGAGGACUCCAGGGCUGUCUCGCCUCAGCAGCUGUUGGCACCAUCAGCUCCAUGGGCAUCACCUUCUCCCCGGCCUCAGAGGAGACAGAGUCCGGCCAGGAACCAGAGGGCGGCCUGCAGAGGACAGAGCCAAGUUCUGUAGGGCAUGUGUCAUCCCGAGCAUUGCCAGGGGUCAGUGUGGGACCCAGCCUGCCCUCAGCUGCCCCUUCUGACAAGAACAAGAAAAGCAGCGGCAGCAUCUCCUCCACCCUGGGGCUGAAAAAGUUCUUCUUGGCCCUGACAAGUCAGGGCACAAGGCCCAAGCUGGGCAAGUCCCGCAGCUACAGUGUGGAGCAGCUGCAGCCCCCUGCGCCCAGCCCGGCUUCACACACCAGCGCCCCCAAAAUGAAGAGAGCCCCAUCGUUACAAUCCCUGCAUCCGGUGUCACCCUCUCGCCAACGUUGGAAAGCUGCCUCUUUUCAGAACCUCCAUUCUCUGCUGAGUGGCAAGGUGGACCGGUCCAACCUCUACCUGGUAGGGGAGCCAGGGCAUCACAAUGCAGCUGACAGGCCAGCCAAGGCACCGCCCCGGCCCUCCCUCAGCGUGGAGGACGUGAGUGCCCCGGGCCUGGCUCGCGCUGUGGGCCGCAUGGUGGAGGUGUUCCCGGACGGCACGAGCCAGCUGCAGCUACAGCGCUCCCCGGAGGGCACUUUCGGCUUCUGUGUGGCCUCUGGGAAUGGACGCCGGGACUCAGGGCUCUACGUGCAGGAGAUGGCUGAUGAGAGGACGGCCAAGCUGUACUCGGGGCUGCUGGGAGUGGGGGAUGAGAUCCUCGAGGUGAACGGGGCCAAGGUUGCAGGGCUGGGCUUGGCUCACAUUAGGGAGCUCCUGGCCCACUCGGAGAGCUUGUCGAUCCGUGUGCUGAGGCAGAGGCCUGUCCCACGGUGACCCAGAGGUGCCUUUGCCCUCACCGUCACCCCCUUGGAAACUCUGAGCCGCCCCAGGGGUGGCUGGGAAUGCACUACAUAAAGCUGCUUUGUCUACUGAAAAUGAACAUGGUGGCUCGUAACCCCUUGGGCCUCGGCAGGGCUUCUGUGACUGACCACUUUAGCAGAGGGAAGGAGCCUGUUUGUGUAUGUUGUUUGAGGAUGUUAAUUUAUGCAGAACCGGGAAAAAGAUAUGGGUCUUCCGCCCUGACCAGGCCUGAGGUGUUGUCAACGUCUUCCUGCACCUUUGUUGGCAGGGGGAGGAGAGAGAUUCAGUGGGUCCUUCGGUUGGUCCCUGAGCAUCGCCUUACCCCCAGAUCCCAUCCCACACUGUCAAGGGCUCCCCCAGCCCCUCCCACUCCAGAGCCAAAGAAAGUACUCGGCCAUAUUGGCCUUGAGCCCGCCUUUUUCAGUCUCAUUUCUCCCAGCUCCCAUUUGACACCUUUGCUUUUUUUUCCAGAAAUGGACAAAGUGUCCUGGAGUAACAGCCUUAUAGCCAUUGACCAUAUAUUCCAAACCCAAAAUUAGCACGUGUGGUCUGGUGGGAGAACAUCUGGGAGAUGUUAUCUGGUAGUCAGAAUAUUAGGAAGUUCUGGGAAAUCUUUGUGAUAUAAGGUUGAAGGAACAAAAUGAAACCGAGACCAAUUUCAGGGAAGUGCAGCUGUGGCCAGUGGGACCGGCCAGACCAGCCCUGCCCCCCACCACAGCCUGGCCAUGAGGACCUCUGUCUUCCUUCUCCUGUGACCUUGGACACGGGCUGCAGCUGGUGCCAAGCUGUCCCCAGCCACAAGCUCUCUGCCCAGACUCCCUGAGGGCAGCUGUAGGUGGGCCGCUGGCAGGGAGAUGGCAGCGCACGAGCAGCAGGAUGGGCUGUCCUGCCUGGGCGCGUCCACUGCCCAAAGGGUUGGGACUCUCUGGGAGUAGGUGGCUGUGUGUCAGUCUUAAAUUAUUAAAGAA